AUGUCCAACUGCAGAGAUCCGGUGGCCAUAGUGAAGUCGCGAGCAUGGAAUGGACACUUGAAGGCCCACAUUGAGUGGAUGGAGGCACGCAGAGAUGUGUCCGCCCAGCAGCUGGUCGACGACUUUGUCGCUGCCAACGCAAGAUGGAUCAAUCAGGAAGCCGAAGAGCUCCUGGCAUCGUUGGAGCCAGAUCUCCUGUGGAAAGUUAUUGAUUACGGAUCGAUGCAGUUCUGUCGAGACCCGAAGGCCAUUAUCAAGAUUAGGAUUAAAGAUGCGGAGCGGGGCAAGGUGCGGGCUUGGAAACACAAGGGGAAUUUGUUGUGGCUGCUACACACUUUCCGUGACAUACUGCCACGCGCUUGCGAGGGUGGGAAGAGCGGCAAGAAGGGCAGCAAAUUCAGCGGACGAACUGAACCAAAGUGGAGGUCGAAAGAGAAGAACGGGCGGGGAUCGUCUUGUGGCCACCUGUCUUUGCCCCUUCAAAGCUGCCCCAAGGACACAGCAGACGAAAAGAAAGGGUCGGGUGAUGAGCACCAGCGAGCUGUCGAAGAGGGUCGUUGCCUCUUCGUCGUUGGUGUCCCUCCCCUCUGGAGCAUCAGUCAGAUCGAAGACUUUUUCCACUAUCAUGGCAACAUCGAAUCUGUGUAUUUGCGCGAAGCUGAGUUGAUCGACCAACUACCUGCAACCGGAUGUCACAGGGCACAGCACUUGCUCAAGUUGCAGAAAGGCACGAACAGGAGGUCAGCAUAUGUCUAUUUUGACACGCCAGAGGGUGCCACCAACGCCGCACUGGUGUGUGACAGGCUUGAGGUGGAGCACCGGGAGGAGAAGCAUUACCUCUGCUGCAGCAUCAAGCACAAGGCAGGCUCCAAGACUUACACGCGAAGACUAAGCCAAGGGCUGCGCGGCGAGGUUGACUUUAAGCAAGCUCAAGAAGAAGCUCGAACAGUCUUUCUCUCCAAGCUUCCUGGAAAUACCUCCCAAGACCAGAUACAGGAGCUGACUGAGAACCAUGGGGUUGUGGAGGCUAUUCAUAUACUUCCAGCCAGCAACUACAGCACCAUUGCUUGUUUCGUGACAAUGGAGAGCCCGGGAGAAGCGGCCUUCAUGAUCAGAGCAUUGAACAAUGCAGAGGCAUUUGGCACAACUAUCAAUGCCAGCCUGGCGGUGGAGAAGAACGAGAAAAGGAAAAAGCUACAUCCAGAAGACGAGUGGAUUCAGUGGUACCCGCUAGAGAUUCGUAACUUCCCGCACUGGACCGUGGUGGAUGAUAUCAAGGCCACGAUUUCGACAGUUGGGCCGGCUUCGCAGCGGGUGCGUAUAAUGCAUUACGACCCUGCUCCGAGCUUGAGUGUGGCCAGAGCAUACUUCAGGGAGGAGGCAGACAGAGAUGAGGUUUUGAAGGCUCUGGCAGGCUACGAAUUCUCCCCGGGCUAUGCGUUGAUGGUCAUGGCUCUUCCAAGGACCACCGGAACUGCUCGCGGCACGAUUUCGCAUCACACUCCACAGCCGCAGCCACCAACCUUCAACAAUGCUGCCAUGACGAUGAACAGGCCUAUGAUGCCAAUGCUCAACAUUCCAACCAGGCCAGCAACGCCGAUACUCAACAUACCAGGAGCUGGACUUCGAGUUGAAAACACCUCGCCUUUGCCGGCUGCCUUCACACUCGGAUUCUUGCCCAUCGGCUAA